ACGCCGGAAAAGCCUUCUCGAUUCCAAUAACAUCUACCAUCGCAGUGGGAAGGAUCGCCGGCGAUUAAGUUGUGAAGGUGUUGUUCUCAAAUGGCCGUUCUACCGGACGAGCUGUGGAGGAAAAUUCUGGAAAUAGGAGUCCAAAGCUGCGGAUUUACCUACAAGGACCUAUGCUGCCUCUCCAUCUCUUGCCGACGCCUCCGCCGCCUCUCCGACGAAGACCCCUUUUGGAGCCACCUCCUCUCCUCUGAUUUCCCUUUUACACAAACUUCUUGUGCCAGCAAUUUUCUCGAUUCUUAUCCUUCAUCUUCAACUUCGCCGUCAUCCAAAUCCCUUUACAAAAUCAGGUUCGAGAAAGAGAAGGAGAGAAGAAUAGCCGCUCACAGGAGGGCUGUAUUUAGAAAGAAGAGUCAGAUUGCUGAACAUUUCAGAAAACUCCGAGACAUUGAGAGCCGGAUAAAUCAAGAGAGCAACAAAAUGAGAGAAAGUGCGGCAGAGUUGUCCAAUUUGCGCAAGGUCAGACAAGCCUCCGCAGCUUUGAAUGUGUGGCAACCAGAGGUUAUCCGGGGUAGGCAAAAACAGUUAGUGGAGCAAUGUGUUGUGCCUACUGAAUCUCGGAUUCACGCACUUGAGAUGGAACUUAGACUUUGCAGGCAACAGAUAAUGAACUUGAAGAAGUCACAUAAGGAUGAAAAGCACAGACUUGAUACUGCAAAGGAAGAAUUAUCUUCUUUGAACUAUCACCCUGUGAGGGAGCAUAAGUCAGAAAGUGGAGGGGAGAACAGCUACUACAUCAAGCCCAAGAAGUUGAAAAGAUGCCAUAGCUGUGAGUAUCUGAGGCAGGAGCGACCAAUAUUUGCAGGGUCGAGGUGCUGGCCAAUACUCUGCUGCAAAUUGAUGGUUCACAUGCUCAAACAGAAUCAGUUGCGGAUUCACAUUUAACGAUCCAUGCUAGCUCUUCACAUAUUAGUGAUCAUUCUAUUAUAUAUCUUACUAAAAUACAAUUUGGGUAUUCCAUGUGGGUUGGGGCUCUUGUAGCAGACAUUAUCUUUCUUCUCAUGGAGUCUUAAUUGAUUCACUGGGAAGGAUAAACAGAUGUUCUUCUCGCUAUAUUUAUCAGAAGGUACCAGUUGAGGAAAUGAAAACACUGUAUGAUUCAAAAUUUGAUGAUGUUGAUGUUCCACAGGUUUGAGACAGAUGAAAGAAGAAAACAAGUAUCUGGUUGAUUACAUUU